UAGGAGACCAAGUGGAAGUGGGGAGUCUAAAUGAGAGAUAACACCAUAUUUUUUUUCCCAAUGCAUUCAAGAAAAAACAAUGCCAGAAAAGAGGCUUGUGAACCAAAGAUGAGACUUCGUUUCUAACUACCCUGUUUUUGGUUAUGUUCUAUUACAAGAUCAGUAUGAAGCUAGAUUUCCUCUUUCUGCUGCUACUCAACUGACAGAGCAUAAAAAGGACACCACUUCCUCCCUGAGGACAGAAAAUCAUGACAGUUUUAGCUGAAAGUAUUUUGAGUUAUAUCUGGCCAGGAGUCACAUUCUGGCAUAGCCAAGAGAUUUAAGAAGGGAGAAAGAAGGAAGAUGUCAGAAAAUAUCAUGUAUGCUGACCUGAACUUUCCUGCAGUAGCGGGGUUGGGUUCAAGGCUGCCAAAGGACAAUGACACUCAGGCAGGUCCUGUAUAUGCAGAAGUGAAAUUGAAACCCCUGGACACAAGCAGCUUAAAUACCUGUGCAGCAACUGGUCUCAUGAGCCAAGAAGUAAAUACAUUUACCAAAGAACCAAGUCAGCAUAAGCCAGGUGGGAGGCAUUGCUCCAGGGUCUGUGCCCUUGCAGUGGGAGCUGUGACAAUCCUCCUCCUGGUUACAGGUGUGACGCUGAUAAUUGUAUGUCUCCCAAUGGCACAGGACCCAUCUGAGCUACAAACAGAUUCCAAAACCACCAAAGAUCUCUCAAUGGCACAUGACCCGUCUGAGCUACAAACAGUUUCCAAAACCACCAAAGGCUGCCCCUCAGGGUGGACAGAAAACAGAAAGAGUUGCUACUUCUUUUCUGGAGAUAAGGACAAGAAGACCUGGAAUGCCAGCAUGGAGGAAUGUAAAAAGAAUGGCUCCAAACUUGUAAUUAUCAACAGCAAAGAUGAACUGGACUUUCUCAAAGGAAUGUCAAAGGGUGGCUACUAUUUCCUUGGCCUGACAUACUCCAACACCAAAGGGAAAUGGAAUUGGAUAGAUGACACAGAGCUCAAUACAGACAUAUUCAACAUAGCGCAGGAGUACUCUGACUAUUGCUGUGCUGUUGUGGGACACAACCGUGUAGCGAGUGCUGAUUGCAAUGGAUCCUCAUCAAGCAACUGUAUGUGUGAGAAAGCUGUGGAAUAAUCCAGAUGUUCCAGGAAGGGGAAUAUCCCCAGACAAAGGGAAAACUCACAAGGACUUCCCCCAGGCACAUUCACUAAUAUACACGCAAACACACACAUGCAUAGGUGCCAGCUCCAUCUCCUCCUCACAUAUUAGGAUCAGAAACAUGUGUAAACAGACUUUUCCACAUUCACACAUGUCAUCCAAAGCAGCCCCUCCAUGCACAGCCUCUCACAAGUGUAUACACACAGACCUGUGGUCUCAUCUGUGUGCAAGCACUAUCAUGCUUGCAAGUGUUUGAGCGUAUUCUACAAAGGAGAUGGCACAGCCACAUGUGAGAGGGCUGUACACUUGUGCAGCCUAUAGCCAUGUUUUGCCUUAACCUAGAAGAAAGUAUUCUUUGUGGUGUGUGGGAACAUGAGUGUAUAUGCCCUUCUGCCCCAUUGCCAUGUUGGAAUUACUGUGACCUCUCUCUCGUCCUCCCCACUCAGCUGUCACUCCAUGAUAGUAAAAUGGUACUCAGGAGAAUGGAUGAUUCUCUGAGCAGAGGUCAUGCUGGCAGGGUCACCGGUCUUCUGCAGGGCUGCACCUGCCCUACACCAUGCCCCUUUUCUCUCAGGCUGUUGGUUGUAAGUGUGAGAUGCCCAGUACAGUCUCCUCUCAAGCUCAGCUGAGUUCUUUGCUCCACAGCUUCUCAGCAUCUAUUUCCUCUGGUCAAAUCCCUCCUUAGCUUAACUAAUCAGGUUACACUUUGCCCACCUUCUCUUCUCUCUCUUUCUCUCUUCGUUAUCAUCUCUAUAUCUUUCUUUGUGGAACUCAAUGUUUCUGUAAUUAUUCCUGGAUCAACUUAUUUAAUGCUUUCUUGUCUCUUCUAGUAGGGCUGUGCGAAGCUUAGGGUGGUGAUUUGAUUCAGAGGAGAUUCAGCCAGAUUCGGUGGCCGAAUCUCCAAAUCUGACUCAAAUCAAGGGAGCAAUUUAAAGGUCUGAAUCGAUUCAAGGCUCUUCAAAUCUUGGGGAAAGAUUCAGAGAGCUUUGAUGAUUCUGCAGUCCCUGAUGUCUGCAGCCAGCUCUAAGCUAGUAAGUACUAGUGGAAGGGGAGGGCGGGCUGGGGGAGGGGUGAGGGGACCAUGGGGGGACCCUUGCCAGCCCCCCCACUCCCCUAGAUCUCCCAGCCCCCACUGACCCCCGCCCACUCCCCCAGCCCCCUGCAUGGCUGCCCCCACCUGCCCCAGCUCCUGGUACUUUAAAAAAAAGCCCUGGAUCACUGGGUGCUGCCGGGCGGGGGCCAUCCUUGCUUCCCCCUACUAGCCCAUGCUGCAUGGGGGGCUCUGCCAAGGGGUUCCCCACCCAGGCCAGCUCCAGCCCUUUAAGAAAAAAACAAGGGAAGCCCCAGGACUCUGCUUCUGGUGCAGCCUCGGGGCUUCGGGGGCUUGUGGAAGAGCCCCCCAUAUGGUAUGUGGCACCCAUGGAGAGCUGGGGGAGUGGGGGGGGGUCAUGGGGCUUGUGCAGAGCCCCCCAUGCUGUGUGGGGCAGUUGGGGGCAGCAGCAAUUGCCCCCCAACCUGGCAGCACCCACUGAGUUGGGGCUUUUUCUUUUUCCAAAUUGCUGAGAGCUGGGGCAGGUGGGAGAGCCAUUGUAUCGCUGGGGGCGAUGGGCCUGGCUGAUUCGGAGACUCCGACAUUCAGCAGCAGCCAAAUCUCUGAAUUAGAUUUGGCCAGAUCAAAUCAGGACAGUGAUUCGAAUCACCAAAUCGAAUCCCUGGCCCCCGAAUCGGCCGAAUCUGAAUCCAAAGCUAAUACUAGCCUGUUCACACAAGCCUAACUUCUAGCCUUAAUUCAGACCUUACAGACUGAAUUGGUUUGAAGACCCCAGGUGCAGGGUAUAAGGCCCUGUUUCACCAUAAAUCAAAUACUAGUGGGAUCCUACUCCCCAGGUGUCUCUCAUUGACCGAGGAACAAUAACUCAACAGGGGGAUUUCCUAUUCCCAGCCUCCACUGCUUCCAGUUCCUUAACAAAGAGGAUUUGAUCACUCUUGUUUCUUUAAGUUUGAUGGCUCAUUUAGGCUGUUACCAUCUAGUUUUAGCUCUGCUUUUCUUUUCUUCAGCAUGCUGUGUGAAUCCCUUCUUUGCUCUAGCCACCUCAGUUUCCCUCUAGGCUCCACUCCUCUCAGUGGGUCCAUCCUCUCCCUCAUCCCAGUCUGUCCCUGCUAACUAUCCCGUGAGGUAUCCCCCACUCCAUCCUGGCUCUGGGGGCAGUGGGGAUGACCCACACUACCCCGCUGUCUGCAGGUACUUUUCUCUCUGGAAGAGCAGAGGUGUUCUUUGCUUGUGGCUUGCCUGGGUCUCAAUGACUGAUGAGGGAUCAGCUGACUGAGCUUUCAUCUCUGCUGGUCUUCACACCUCCUGGUCCAACUGAGCGGCCCCUGCUCUGGGAGAUGUCAAACUCUGCGUCUCUCUUUGAGAUCUUCCUUUAAACUGCCCAGUCUUCUUUCUGAGCCAAUCAGUGCAGAAUCCCUGGGGCACGUGCUCUCAUGCCUCUGGGUCCUGCCUGUUUCCUGGGUUUUCCCCGGACCUUUUCCUCUAGCGUGCUGGGGACAUGUUGCUCGCUCAGACCCAUCUAAGUAAGUUUUCUGUUAGUGCAGCCAGCUGUCCAGGGGUAUAGCAAGGGCUUGGUCCCAGCCUCAGCUACAGGGACUUGAAGACAAAGAGGUCCCUGAGAAGCAGAACCUGUUUCCCAGCCAGGCCCUGGGCAUUUAUCCUAGCAGGGACAGGAGGAAUCAGGGCCAGUGACACUCAGCCCAUCACCACCCAGCCACACUCCAUACAAGCCCGCCAGCCUGCAUCCACCAGCCCUGAAGAUGUGCACAAUGGCAGUAAGCGUGCAUGCCUCACAUAGGAAGUGUUCUAGCACAUGGGUGUGAUCCACUGGUAUCUAAUUAUGCUUUUGCUCUGGGUGGCCACUGUUACAGACAGAUGUGAGGAAAUGCUAGCCCUGCCAGCCCCAUCCCUUGCCCUGACAAGGCAGCAGAACCAAGGUUUGCAUGAAAAACUACUGUCUGCUCAUUCCUCUUGGACACAUGUGCCUGCCUUCUGCCUUGCCAGACUCUGAAAGGAGAGGAACACCAUGGAGCACCACCAGGAUCAGAAUGUGGAGUGUGGAGAAGGACAUGAUUCAGGGACUGGAAGAGGAGAAUGUGAUGGCCAGUGCCAAGGUGGGACUUGGCAAUCAAGGGCCUGGUCUGAGGCAGUAUCCCAUGGGUGCAGCAAGCCCAAAGAUUUUUUCCUGAAAACUGACCAGCAGUCAAGCAUGGUGGAGUCAAUUAACCUCAUUGUAAGAGAGUCCCUAGCACUCAUGGGCUCAGUGAGAAGAGUCGGACCCAGAACUCCCUCCACAGUGUGUUCCAUGGACAAACGUGUAAGUGGAUGCCCGUAUAUACAGGCCUCACUUGGGGUUUCAAGAGCAUGAUGGUACACUGUGCAUCACUAGUGGCAGGCAGGUGCUCACAGCCUGGCAAAGUGUCUCCCCCCCAUGGAAGCUCAGUGGCCAAGCAUUAACACUGCCAGCAAAGACUUCAUCCCCAAGAAUCCUGUCCUCUUCCAUUUCUGCAGGAACAUUGUGAGCAGCGAAGAGCAUCAACGGCAAGGUGCAUCUGGUGGGAUCCCUUUAGCAUUUCUCACUGCCUGGCCACCAGAUGGGCAGCCUCAAGUUCCACAACAGCAUAUUGCUGUGCUGCCUGCCUGCCUCCCUGCCCCGCCACCCCCCGCCCCGACCCCACACAUACGUGGGGUACUGCAGUAAGCACUCCAAACACCCAGAACCCAGCACCCAACCUGAGCUGAUAGCAUCCACCUCUUCAGGGAGCCAGAACAACUUUGGGACAGGACCAGCUACCACCAGAAUCUCCAAAACUGGGAAGAGGCUCUGACAAAGAUAUCCCAGGAGUCAUGAAGGGGGCCAGGUACUCUCUGAAUGUGGUGAUGGAAAGGUGACCCCAUGUUACAUUUCUCACCCUCCAAGGUCAGUACAUGCUACCUCAAAAACCGCAAGGUCAAGUGUUUUAUCAGUUGUCAUGUACCUUGUGAAUAUGAGGGCAGGCAGGGAAGGAGCAAGGAGGAGUUGUUGUGGGACUCCUCCAAGCAGCACACCUGGCUACAGCAGGCCUGGAGGGAGCUAGGAUAGUACCACCACUAGGAACGUGGGCUUCUUUCUGGAAGCUCUGACCAGCCAGUCAUGCAUGGUGGAGUCAACAAAUCAGCCCCAUCACUCAGGUUUUGCCCACACUGCAGCUACCCCGCUUAACCUCUUAUUGUGUUCCUCCCCACCCGUGCUGCUGAACACCUCAUUCAGGGGAUCCCGGUGUCCACACUGCAGCAUCACCAGUCACAGCUACUCCUCCAUGGACAUAAAGCACAGCACCUCCUGGGAACCACACUGCUUUGACUUCUCCAACCCCCACAUACACCUGAAUCCCUUUCACUCCUUCCCUCUAAGGACCUGACCCUAUAAUGGACUGGAAGACAUUCCCUGGCAGCUCCAACAGCAAGAAGAGAAGUGCUGAAGGGCCCCCAGGACCACUUCUUUAGCCUGAUAUGCGUAGAUAGUUGCGAAAGUAUGUACCGUUCCUCUCCAUUUCCUUUGGACCUUAGGUAUUUGGUGCAGUCUCUUACAACCAUGCUGUUAAGCUCUACUAUGUGGCAGUUUUCCUGCUGUUUCCUCUUGAAGGCUGCCUGUGAUUGUAUUGAUCCACUUUCUCCUGUGACCAAAAUAAAAGGUCUCUUAAAAAA